AUGUGGCAUUCUCGGUCCAUGUUGUGUUUUUCUCUGCUCCUUUGCGGACUCCUUGGGGAACGCUUUGGAAUUGCUCUUGAGUCCAAGGAUAAACGUGGCUGGACCCUGAACAGUGCUGGAUACUUGCUGGGACCUCCAGAUGCCCACCAGACGCUGCCAGAUAAAGGAGGCCUAGCUGGGAAGCGAGAAGCUAUGGAGGACUUGUAUUCAUUAGGGCAGGAUUCCUUUGCCGCAGCCGUUCGCCCUGCCGAGGAAAGCACCCUCCAAACCCUGAUGGAUUUCCUCUCUUUCCUGCACCUGCGAGAGCAAGAAGAGGUUUCGCGCCUGCCGCUCCCGCUGGCGGAAUAA